CUUAUAAAAGAUCUCCAGCCAAAGAGCUCACAAGCUCGCCAAGAGAGAGAAACAGAGUUUUAGAGAGAGAGAGAGAGAGAGAGAGUCCGACUAUCGGCGCACAGUUCGUCAUCGGAAAUUCGGAAAAAGGAGACGAAGGUGAUGUGAAUUUCCGAAAGGUGAAAUUCCGACUGUGGAGCUGAAUCUUCACGUGAACUGCUGCAAUAAUUCACAGUUUUCAAAUCGCCGAGACUGCAGGUCCGAAUUUUCUCCGGUUUAUAGAUUUGAAUUCUAUUCGGAUCUUAUCGGCGAAGCGAAGCAAUUGGUAUCGAAAAGCAUUGGGAGAAUUCGAAUCAAAGCUUGGGUUUUGUGUUUCCUCUCGUCUUCUGAAAGCGAAAGCGAAUGUGCCUUCGAACAUCCAAGGCUCCCCGCGAAUCUGUGAAGCUGAAGCAGUCGAAAGAAUUUGAAAACGGAAGCAGAAAGCACUGAAGUUCCUUUAAAAUUACGAAAUUUUCCGGGAAAAUAAUAUCUAAGCCGGCGGCCUGUGCGGAUAUGGAGCUUCCUCAGCCCCGGCCGUUCGGAACGGAAGGAAGAAAAUCGACGCAUGAUUUUCUGUCACUCUACAGUCAUUCAGCUGCCCAGCAAGAUCCAAGAUCACCCGCACAAGGAGGCUACCUUGAAACACACGAUUUCCUACAACCACUUGAACGAAUGGGAAAGCCAUGCAUUGCUAAGGAAGAGACCUCAGCUGAGAUAUCAACCACUGAAAAACCACCGUCUCAUGCGGCGGCGCAGCCGACUACUUCUGUGGAGCACAUUCUUCCCGGUGGGAUUGGGACUUACAGUAUAAGCCACAUUUCGUAUAUUAAUCAAAGGGUUCCGAAACCAGAGGGAUCGCCGGUGUUUACAGUUGCACAAGCAAGUAGUAGCGAGAAAAACGUUGACGAAAACUCGAACUGUAGCUCUUACGCCGGAAGUGGAUUCACUUUGUGGGAAGAAUCUGCAAAGAAUAAGGGAAAGACAGGGAAGGAGAAUGUUGUGGGAGAAAGACCCGCGGGUACCGUGAGAGGGCAAUGGACCUCUUUGGAGCGGCCUGCGCAGUCAUCUUCCAACAAUCAUCGCGGCUGCUUCAGUUCUCAGUCAUCUGGGCAGAAGAACAUGAGCUUCAGGGAGAUGAUGAAGUCUGCCGCCAAGGAUAGUACCCAGGAAGACGAACUAGACGAUCAAGAAGAGUUUGUUCUAAAAAAAGAGACCUCUACCGCUACCACGAACGCCGCCACCCCCUAUAAGGGCGAUUUGAGGGUAAAAGCUGAUGUUAAGAGCUCUGAUCAGAAGGCUAACACGCCACGAUCCAAACAUUCUGCCACAGAGCAGCGAAGGAGGAGCAAAAUAAAUGACAGAUUCCAAAUGUUGAGAGAGCUCAUUCCUCACAGUGAUCAAAAGAGAGAUAAGGCGUCGUUUUUACUAGAGGUUGUCGAAUACAUUCAGUUUUUACAGGAACGAGUAAGCAAGUACGAGGGUUCAUGUCAAGGAUGGAAUCCUGAUCCAGCAAAAUUGAUGCCUUGGAGAAACAAUCACAAGCUUAGGGAAAGUUACUGUGAUCAAUCUCGAGGCAUCAAUGGUGGGUCUGCUCCUGCAUUAGCGUUUGCUGCAACGUUUGAUGAGAAACCUACUUCCGUCUCACCGGCAAUCCCCGGAAGCUUUGCUCAGAACCCUGUAGAAUCCGACACAAGUACUGAAACUACCUUCAAAGCAGUGGAUCACCACCCUGGAAUAACAAGCAAGCCGAUGCCCUUUCCCUUGUCAAUGCAGCCAAACUUCUUCACUCCUGUCAGGACUAGUGGUGCUGCCGCCGCAGUACCUCAAAUUUCACCUAGAUUGCCGUCUGAUGCAGAGAACACAUCUCGACAUCAACCUGUGUUAUGUCAGACAAUAUCACGUACCACUGAUGGUGCUGCUACUCGGGAGAAGCUGAAAGAACAGGAGCUGACAAUUGAAGGCGGUCGAAUUAACAUCUCAAGUGCCUACUCCCAAGGGUUAUUGAAUACGCUGACACAAGCCCUGCAGAGUUCCGGCGUGGAUUUGUCACUGGCCAGCAUCUCCGUGCAAAUCGAGCUAGGGAAGCGAGCAAAUAGACGAUCACCUAUACCAAAAUCUGCUAUUAAGGAAAAUGAGAUUCCCAUAAGCACUUUAGGGAAAAAGCACUCUGUAAUUGCAAGCAGCGAAGAACCUGAACGCGCCCAAAAGAAACUCAAGACAUGCAGAAACUAAUUAAUUAUUAUUUUUUAAAUAUAAUUAAUUCAUUUUUAAGAACCCCUUUGAUGAAGUAUGGGGUUUAUAAUUAUUCAUGUCUUCUGUUUGUGGCAGAAGACUUCACACUAAAUCGAGCGCAACGAUAUUCUAGGAUUCAUACGGUCAAUCCUACUUAGUGAGAUAAGGUUUUAUCGUUAUUGUUUAUGUCUUCUACUGGUGUAUUUUAACCUACCCAAUCGAGAUAGAGAUUAGUUGUGUACAAUGUACAUGUAGUUUCUCAUUUCUUAUAGUUUAUUUAGUUAGUUGGGAUCCAAAUUCCACAGAUUUCCUAACCGAAAUAUUAUUUAUUGUUUUUGGUGUCCAGAGACGAGAUUUGAGUGUAAACAGAAUCUCUUUAUUGUCAAGGCUUCCAUUAUAAUGCUGAGAAGCUGCUUUUGCUAUUUUCA